AAAACCACAGCAGCGAACAAUGUCGCACCCUGAUGGAAAUAUUUUAUAGAAUUACUGAUUGAAAUGGCAUAAAACAUAUGAAUUGGAAGGCAACAAGUGCUAGAGUGAACAGGAAAUAAUGUGAAUGAAGUUAUAUUACCCGCUGCACCUGAAACUUUCGCACCCCUUACAACAACAAAAGCGAAAGAGAGCUAUAAGGCACACGGCGAAAGUGUUGAACAGAGAAAACAAAUAGAGAGAGAGCCAAGACAGCAACAGGAAUCGCACCUGCACCUGCACCCGCACCCGCACCUGCACUCAAACAGCAAAACUCAUGAUGCAGCAGCAGGAGAAGCUGUUGCUUGUGGCGCUGUGCAUCGUGGCCAGCACGUUGACAAGUUGGCCAACAUUGGCGCUGGGAGAACAAACGCUAACAGCAGCAGCGGCGCAACAGUCGCCAGCCAAGUUGGAACAGAAUCCGUGCGUGAAUAAGGUCACGUGUCACGAGUGCAUACAGACGCAGAAUUGUGGAUGGUGCAUGAAACCGGAUUAUGGGGAUCGGCCGCGUUGCUUUUUGCACACGCCGAAGGCGGAGAUCUGUCCGGAGGAAUACAUUUGGAAUCCCGAUACAUCUGAACGCAUAUUGAUUAACAAGGAUCUGACAUUGGCUAGCGGAGGUGCCGCUUGGGCGGGCGGUCAAUAUGUUUCGGGUGCUGGCUACGAGAGCAGUGCCCAUGGCCAGAGCUCGUCAUCGGGCUCGUACAGUGCAUCCAGCUCCAGUUCCAGCUAUGGUUCCAGCUCUAGUUCCGGCUCCAGCUCCGGUUAUAGCGCCGCCUCCAGCUCGGGUGGCUAUGGCGCGGCAACAGCCAGUGGUGCAGCUGCAGCUGGUGAAAUAGUGCAGAUAAAGCCUCAACGCGUUAGCCUCAAGCUGCGCAUCAAUGAGGUUCACAAUCUGGACGUUAGCUACUCACAGGCCGUUGACUACCCCGUUGAUCUCUACUAUUUGAUGGAUCUGUCAAAGUCUAUGGAGGACGACAAAGAGAAACUCUCCGCCCUGGGCGAUAAACUAUCCGAGACAAUGAAGCGCAUCACAUCCAAUUUCCGCCUUGGCUUCGGCUCAUUUGUAGACAAGGUGCUGAUGCCCUAUGUAUCGACCAUACCCAAGAAACUCGAGCAUCCAUGCGAUAACUGCAAGGCGCCGUAUGGUUACCGCAAUCACAUGCCACUGAGCAAUAACACCGAAAGCUUCUCUAACGAGGUGAAAGAAGCAGCUGUCUCCGGAAAUUUGGACGCACCUGAAGGUGGCUUCGAUGCCAUCAUGCAGGCGAUUGCCUGCAGGCAGCAGGUCGGCUGGCGCGAGAAGGCGCGUCGGUUGCUUGUGUUCUCAACGGAUGCGGGCUUCCACUAUGCCGGCGAUGGUAAAUUGGGUGGCGUGAUAACGCCGAACGAUGGCGAAUGCCAUUUGAAUGGACAGGGCAUGUAUACGCAUUCGAUCAUACAGGACUAUCCGAGCAUAUCGCAAAUCAAUCAGAAGGUCAAACAGAAUGCGAUCAACAUUAUCUUUGCUGUCACACAGAAUCAGUACUCCGUCUAUCAAAAGUUAUCCGCCCACAUUGAGGGCUCGUCCAGUGCCAUUUUAUCCAAUGAUUCGUCCAAUGUGGUGGAUCUGGUGCGUGAGGAGUACGGCAAAAUCUCGUCGACGGUGGAGAUGAAGGACAAUGCUACUGGCGAUGUUAAGGUCACGUAUUUAUCCAGCUGCCUGACCAAUGGACCACAAAUCAAGACGAACAAGUGCGGCGGUCUCAAGGUCGGCGACAAAGUCACCUUCACGGCUCAAAUAACGGUGACCAAAUGCCCAACCGAUCCUCGUCAUUGGAAUCAGGCCAUUCAAAUCUAUCCUGUGGGCAUUAACGAAAGCAUGAUCAUUGAUCUGGAGAUGCUGUGUUCCUGUCCCUGCGAGCAUGUCGGCUCCACUGGCUACGAGCUCCAUUCGCAGAAGUGCCACAAUCAUGGCACUUAUAUGUGCGGCAUCUGUGAAUGCGAUGAGCAGCAUUUUGGCAACACCUGCGAGUGCUCCAUGUCCGAUGUGCAUUUGAAUAAUGUCAAUGAUAAUAUGUGCCGGCCGAGCAACGAUACGAGUGUUGCCGAAUGCAAUGGACGUGGCAGCUGUGUGUGUGGCGCCUGUGAGUGCCAUAAACGCACCAAUCCCGACGAGAUCAUCUCUGGCAAGUAUUGCGAAUGCGAGAACUUCAGCUGUGAGCGGCGCAAGAAUUUGCUAUGCUCUGGACCGGAUCAUGGCACCUGUGAGUGCAAUCGCUGUGUGUGCAAACCGGGCUGGACGGGCAACAGCUGCGACUGUCAAACAUCGAAGGAUACCUGCAUGCCACCGGGUGGCGGCGAGAUUUGCUCUGGCCAUGGCACCUGCGAGUGCGGCGUUUGCAAAUGCAAAUCCAUGGACGAAGGCCGCUAUUCGGGCAAAUACUGCGACAAAUGCCCCACAUGCUCGGGCCGUUGUCAUGACCUGAAGGACUGCGUCCAGUGUCAAAUGUACCAGACGGGUCAGCUAAAGAACGGCGAUGACUGUGCUAAGAACUGCACCACAUUCACGGCCAUUAGCGUUGAUACGGUUAAGAUCGAUGAGCACAAGGAUGAGCAGCUGUGCGUGUUCUUCGAUGAGGAUGAUUGCAAAUUUACGUUUAAAUAUAGUGAGGUGGGUGAAUUGGUUGUCUAUGCUCAGCAGGAGAAGGAAUGCCCGCCCAAGGUCUUUAUGCUAGGCAUUGUCCUGGGCGUCAUCUGUGCCAUUGUCCUUGUUGGCUUGGCCAUAUUGCUGCUCUGGAAGCUGCUGACCACCAUACAUGAUCGUCGCGAAUUCGCACGCUUCGAAAAGGAACGCAUGAACGCCAAAUGGGAUACGGGCGAGAAUCCUAUCUACAAACAGGCCACAUCCACCUUUAAGAACCCCACCUACGCGGGCAAAUAAUUUCCCAUGGAUUUUUGCCUAUUGUUUUCUUUAGUGAAAUUUGCCAUUUUCAAAACUGACUGUCCAAUCUAAUUUACUGUUUGCUAAUCAACUGAAUCAAUCAAUCAAUCAGCCAGCCAACCGCUCCCAUCAACUGAAGCAGCUUCUCUCUCUCUCUUCUUAUUCUUCAAAUGGUGCGCGUGCCACAUGCAACAAGGAACAACAAGAAAACAAAAUGCUUGAACAAAAGUCAAACUGCCAUUGAAACGCGUUCUUAACUAAGUCAAAUUUAUAUAUUUAUAUAUAAAGAUAUAUACUAUAUAUAAACACACACACAUAUGUAUUGCUUCCAUUUGAAAAGCAAACGAAUUGUGCCUUGCAAUAUAUACGAUAUAUAUUUUAGAUUUUUUAUAUACAUGUACUUGUUUGUACACAAAAAAAAAAACAAAAAGAGAAUAACAAAAGCUUCCAUUUUUAAACAGCCAAAACUAACAAGCAGAAUAACAAAAACAACAACAACAA